AUGGACGCGGUGAGGGCUGAGUUCACGAAGCUCACAGCUGCUUUCAAAGCCCAAAAUUGGGACAUGGUGGUUUCCUCAAAGAGCUUGCCUAUUGUACUAGGUCUCAGCACUCACUUAUUUCUCGCUCAUGGUGAACCGGACUACCAGUUUCAUAUCUUCAUUAUGUUCUGGUUCUUUGUUUACAUCUCAUUCAGCUACCUUCUUGUUGCCUCGGGAAGUAUGGCUACAUUGAGCCAGGCUUUGUCUGCUACGGCUUCGUUUUACGCGAUCUACUUCGGCACGCUUUUCACGAGUAUUGUUAUAUACAGAGCAUUCUUCCAUCGCUUAAGAAAGUACCCUGGUCCGUUCAUGGCCCGGAUCACCAACUUCUAUAACGUUGCUCUAACUGUUCCUAAAAUCCGCUAUUUUGUUGAGGUGGAAAAGAUUCAUAAACGAUAUGGUGACUACGUACGCCUUGGCCCUCGAGAUUUGUCGAUUGCCGAUGUGAAUGCUAUUCCAGUUAUUCAUGGGGUUGGUACAAAAUGCAGAAAAGGGUUAUGGUACGGAGCUGGAGAGCAUGUCGAAGGCUUUUCAUUGCACACCACACGAGACAAAAAAGAUCACCGGGAACGUCGCCGAAUUUGGGACAAAGCUUUCAAUGCUAAAGUUCUUCGCGAGUACGAGCCGCGCAUCAACCGACACACAGCAAUGUUGAUUCAACAGCUCGACGAUCGCGUCGGUAAGACCAUCCACAUUAAUGAGUGGGCGAACUUCUAUAGCUUCGAUGUGAUGGGUGAUAUUGGCUUCAGUAAGAGUUUUGGAAUGCUGGAAAAAGGCGAAGAGGACCAACUCAUCAAAACACUGCACGCUUCCAUGGUUGGUCUUGGGCUUUUCCGGAACAUCACAUGGGUGACAAGCAUCAUGCUGCGAUUACCCAUCAUCCAAAAAGAUCUCAGAAACUUUAUGAAAUGGACUUCAGACGUUCUCAAGGAACGGAAAAAAACCCAACCAGCUGAACAAGACAUCUUCAGUCAUCUUCUCGACCCCAAUGACGAAGGCAUUCCCCUUCACCUCAAUGCAGAUGCUCGACUUGUCAUUGUCGCUGGGAGCGACACGACUGCGGCUACCUUGACUUGGCUUUUCUAUGAAUUGACCAAAGAUCCCGCGCAGUUUAAGAAGCUCCAGAAGGUUGUAGAUGAUGCUGUUGGAGACAAAGACCUCCUCAGUUGUGAUGACGUUGCCAACAUCCCACUCUUAGACGGCUUCAUCAACGAAACCCUUAGACUUCACCCAGCAGUCCCAUCCGGUGUACAGCGCGAAACGCCUCCAGAAGGGAUUACUAUUGGUGAUAAGUAUAUCCCAGGCAACAUAAUUAUUUGGCAGCCAAUCCAUACCAUUCAACGGGACCCAAGAUACUUCAAAGAAGCAACUGUCUUUAGGCCUGAACGUUGGUUGGAAGAUCAGCAAGCCGAGUGGAUCUAUGAUAGGAGAGCAUUUAUCCCUUUCAGCACGGGCUCCUAUAAAUGCAUCGGGAACAACUUGGCUAUGAUGGAAAUGCGUGCAGUCGCAGCAAACAUUGUUCACAAGUUUGAUGUUGUAGCAGCUCCAGGCGAGGACUUUACGACCAUUGAAAAUAAGACAAUGGAUACAUUUACCUUGACUCUAGGCAAGCUAGAUGUCAUAAUGACAAGGAGGACCACUCGGAGAGACUCUGGGGUCUGAUCGCAGAUUGAAGAGUCGGAAGUCACAUUUAUAGUUGGAAAAGAAAAUGUAACCA